AUGCCAACACUCCUAAAGAUACACGUUAUUGAUGGUCACCCACAACAUGAGCUUGUGUGGAAAAAGAGCCAAGUUCCUUUCAUUUGCGAUGGGUGCAAAGAGCUCGGAUUUGGGGUUUGCUACCAAUGUCCCCAUAAGAAAUGCAAUUACAUCCUUCACGAACAAUGUGCAAUUCGUCGUCCCUCACCUCCAUUUCAACAAGUUUUCCCAAAAUGCAACUUCCAAUUUCACAAAGAAAAUCCUUUAGGAUCAACCACCAGAGUUUGCGAUAUUUGUGCCUCGGAUAUACAAGGAUUCUUGUACCAAUGCACCCGUGAAGAUCACGAUUUACAUCCCCAUUGCGCGAGCCUUCCUCCGGUCUUCUCCCUUCCGGAUUCCAACACCGAAAUCUACCUUCGCAAAGAGAUCAAAUCGAGAUGCUUGAAAUGCCAAAGCAAGAAGAGAUCGGGUUUGUCGUAUGUUUCUUCGGAUGGUAAGCUUUGCUACCAUGUGGCUUGUCUGAAAGAAGCAUGUCUGGAGAAUUGGAAAAAGGGUUAUUUUCAACUUGAUGUUAUUGCUGAUGAUGAGAAUAAAUGCCUUGCUUUGCAAAAUCUUGCUCCAAAACAUGUAGUUUUGCGAAGUAAGGACCAAAGCUCGAAAGCGAGGAAGGGUAUCAAAUGGGUGAUCAUAUUUCUCAAGCUGCUCGUUUCGGCAAUAUUCGGAGAGCCAUUGACUUUACUUUCUACUUUGUUUCAAUUGUAUGAGAACUAG